AUGGGACAUCUCACGCUUGCUCCAGCAUGGGUUUUCAUUCUGUUAGCUGUGUCUUCUGUGGCUUCUGCGGGUAUUGUGGAAUACACAUUCAAUGUGGCGAACAUGACGAUUCAUAGGUUAUGUAACAACCAAGUUAUAACUGCAGUGAAUGACCAAUUUCCUGGACCUACUAUCCGAGUGCGAGAGGGUGACACUCUUGUGGUCCAUGUGUUGAACAAGUCACCAUACAACAUUACCCUGCAUUGGCAUGGAAUAUUUCAACUUCUAAGUGGAUGGGCAGAUGGUCCUGAAUAUGUCACUCAGUGUCCAAUUCGUCCCAAUCAUAACUUCACUUACAGAUUCAAAAUCGAAGGACAAGAGGGAACUCUUUGGUGGCAUGCUCAUGCAUCAUUCCUUCGUGCAACAGUCCAUGGUGCACUUUUUAUCCAUCCUAGGAGAAACCAUCCUUAUGCAUUUCCUAAGCCCUACGACCAAGUUCCCAUCGUAUUAGGUGAAUGGUGGAAAUCCAACGUUAUGGAGUUUAAUGACCAAACACUUACCCCAUCCGUUGCUUUUAUGAUCAAUGGCCUGCCUGGUGACCUAUACAAUUGCUCUCAAGAUCAGAUGUUCAAACUGAAGGUUAAGCCUGGUAGGACCUACUUGUUAAGGAUAAUCAACACCAACCUCAUAAGCCAAAUGUUCUUCAAGGUUGCGAAUCACAGGCUUACUGUGGUCGCCAUUGAUGCAGUGUACACAACACCUUAUGCCACCAAUGUGGUGGUGAUUGCUCCUGGUCAAACCACCGAUGUGCUUCUCAAAACAAAUCAACCAAUUGGUUCUUAUUACAUGGCUGCGUCAAUUUAUAACACGAUUCUAGCAGCAUUUGACAACACCAUAACCAGAGGCCUUGUUGUCUAUGAAGGAUCCAAAUCAACCACUCCUUUGAUGCCAAUCAUGCCACUUUCAAAUGACACAAAAACGGCUAAUCAGUUCUACACUGAACUAACUGGGCUUGUAGAUAGGCCUCACUGGCGCCAAUGUCCAAAUGAAGUGGAUGAGAAAAUGUUCAUUGCAUAUGGGUUGAAUCUAGCACCUUGUCCACAGAAUGAGACAUGUUUUGGCCCGCAACAGACUAGAGUGUCUGCCAGCAUGAACAAUGAAUCUUUUGUUCUUCCUAGUCAGAAGAAAAUGUCCAUGUUGGAAGCAUUCUACUAUAAUGAAAGUGGCAUAUACACCAAGGAUUUUCCAAAUAAGCCUCCCCUAGAGUUUGACUACACCAACACAAAUAAUAGCCUUGACUUCUCUCUCCUAUUUGCACCCAAGUCAACCAAGGUGAAGAAGUUGAAGUACAAUUCGACUGUGGAGAUUGUGUUGCAAAACACUGCGUUGCUUGAUCCAGAGAACCACCCCAUACACAUUCAUGGAUUCAACUUCUUCGUCCUAGCUCAGGGAUUUGGAAACUUCAAUGCUACGCGAGACAGGGUAAAAUUUAAUUUUGUGAACCCCCAGAUGCGAAAUACAAUUGCUGUGCCUCAAGGAGGGUGGGCUGUGAUCAGAUUCAAAGCCAAUAAUCCAGGUAUAUGGUUGAUACACUGCCAUGUCGACAAUCAUCUGUCAUGGGGGAUGAGCACGGCUUUCGAAAUUGAGAAUGGACAUACUCCAUCUUCUACCUUGCCUCCCCCACCUCCUGAUCUACCCACUUGCUGA